CUAAGGUAUUUCAGUCAGUGAAACACUUUGCUUCAGGGUGUUUGUUACUACCAUAACAGAAAAAGAAACUUUAGUCCUUAGUUUUUAAUCAAACUAGUUGCCAAAUCCAUAGGUGAUGGAUAGGAUUUCGUCAUCAACAACAUCAUCAGAGUUUCUUUUGUUAAGUCAUCGGUAAUGGUGGCAGCUAAUUUUCAACACGGCAUUGUCUUAAAGAAUGGAGCCACUGGUGUGAAUAAUGGUACUUGUGACAGCAGUAAACAUGAGUUUAGUAGACAUUUCCAAGAUUUUUUCCAUGCUUCAGCCCAGGGAAGAGGAGGACAACGGUGAAAGACAAGAACUCAACCAGGCGGUGUCUAACGAUGAUGACAAACUCCUCACUGAGCUUCUCUCCCAGGAAAGAUACAGGACGUUCAUCAACAGCAGGAGUGGUUGGGGUAUUCCUGGCACCCCACUCCGCAUGGCCGCAUCUCGAGGUCACCUGAGGUGUUUAGAGGUCCUGUUGGCUCACGGUGCUGAGGUGGACAGCUUGGACGUCAAGGCCCAGACUCCUCUCUUCACUGCUGUCAGCGGCAAGCAUCUGGACUGUGUCCAGGCCCUUCUGAAGGCUGGGGCUAACCCUAAUGGCAGCUUGUACAACAACUGCUCCCCAGUGCUGACUGCAGCCAGAGAAGGAGAUGUGGACAUUUUGAGGGAACUUCUACAGUAUGGUGCUGAGGUCAAUGUUAGAUCAAAAGUUCCUGAGUGGGCCUCAAAUGCAGCAUCCUGUGGUGGCCCACUUUACCUUUCUGCAGUUUAUGGACAUCUGGACUGUUUUAAAUUUCUUCUGCUACAUGGUGCAGAUCCGAACUAUAAUUGUACUGAGGAAAAGCUCCUUGCUAGAAUCAAACAGCCCAAGACAGUGCUGGAGAUGUGCCUCAGAUAUGGCUGUGGAGUUGAGUAUAUCCAACUCUUGAUAGACUUUGGAGCAAAUGUUUACCUGCCAAAUCUCAUUAUAGAAAAAACAACAAAGCAAAAUGAAGCGAUAGUGCUAUUAAUAAAAGAAAGAGUUUGCCCCAAAACUCUGAUGUCUCAGUCAAGACUAGCAAUUCGAAGGUACCUCUUUAAAGUCAACAGAAUGCAUUCCAUGUACUGCCUGGACAUCCCACCACUCCUGAGGAACUAUUUGAAACAUGGGACCUAACUACAGCUGAAACUCAGCAAUACUUAAUUGCUGCGCCAUGGAUACACUAGUUCAAAGCCACAUGUAAUAUGUGUGUUAAGAAAACUCUUCUUCCCUGAAAGAUUGUUCUGAAAUUCAAUUCAAAUCAUUUUAAUUGUGAUGCAAUUGUUUAAACAGUGACCUCAAUCCAUCCAAUUUCUUUAUCCAAUUCAGAACCAAGGCGGAUCCAGGUUUUUAGCCAGCAAGCAACAGGCACACACAGACAUGUGUACACUCGGACCAAGGCUAAUUUUCCCAGAAACUAAUUAACCUAAC